UCCUGGCUCGUGGCACAGUGCGGACGUGUUUUUCAGCUCGGACGGAAACCUGCACGAAAACUGUUGGUCAAGAGAAUUGCAAGAAAACCGUUCUGCAGCAACAACAAAAAAAAAAACCAUAUAACUUAAUCAAUUAAAGCAAACGAUACAAAAAAAACCCAAAUGCAACGCAGCCAAUUAAAUAAAAAUCUGUUUAUCGUGAAUUAACUUGUGUGUCAGAGUUGGAGUGAGUGUGUGUGUGUACCUAGUCUUAAAAAUCCCCUGCCCUUAAUAAAGUGCAUUUAAAACGAAUCUAGUAGCAAAAACAGAGUAACUAUUAGCCUAAUAUAUAGCCAAACAUAAAUGUCUAUUGCCAAGCCUGUAUUUAAUCGAACUCUUAAAGCAAAGCAGAAGGUGCGGAAACAGCAGCAAAACCAAAGCCAAAAUCGAUAAAAAAAAAAAAAAAAUUCGAAAAUAAAAUCCCAACAUCUCCUCCAAUGGUCCAACACCUGUGCCAACAACAACAACAAUAAUCAAAUACCAUAGCUGCAAUUGGUCAAUGAGUUAUUAAACGUAAUUGAAAAAGCAAACACUGCCAGAGAACGAGCAAAACAUUCAACUCGGUUCCAAUCAAGUUAAACCACCGUUUCAAAUCUGAAGCUAAAUACUCUAUGAGCAGCAUUUAAAGGGCCUACAAGCAGUCACUAACUGGGUCAAUAGGCAGCAGCAGCAGCAGCAGCUACUGUUGCCAACUUUUUCGCCCUCAAAACCCUAGCCAGGGCUUCCUGGCAAAUACGGCCCUGGAACAUGAACUCCUCGAGUGGUGACGAUGAGGCGCCCAAGGAUCCGCGCACCGGCGGCGAGGACUUUACCCAACAAUUUACAGAAAACGAUUUCGAGGGACACCGCGCACACACCGUUUAUGUGGGCGUGCACGUGCCGGGAGGACGACGGCAUUCGCAGCGGCGCCGCAAGCAUCACCACAGCGGCGGCACAGGUGCAGCAGCAGGCGCAGCAGCUGCUGCUGGCGGCGCCGCUGGCGCUGGCAGAGACAGCAUCAGCGAUAAGCAACAGGAAGUGGAGCGUCCAGUGACGCCGCCCGCACAACGUGUACAGUUUAUAUUGGGCGAGGAUGUGGAUGAUGGUUCGCAUGUGUCGCAUCCUCUGUUCUCUGAGAUGGGCAUGCUGGUGAAGGAGGGCGAUGAGAUUGAGUGGAAGGAGACGGCACGCUGGAUUAAGUUCGAGGAGGAUGUGGAGGAGGGCGGCAAUCGCUGGUCCAAACCGCAUGUGGCCACGCUCUCGCUGCACUCGCUGUUUGAGCUGCGUGGUCUGCUCCUCAAUGGCAGCGUCAUGCUGGACAUGGAGGCCAAUAAUCUGGAGCUGGUUGCCGAUCUCGUCUGCGAUCAAAUGGUCAGCGGCGGCACGCUGCCCGCUAGCGUCAAGGACAAGGUAAAGGAUGCGCUACUGCGCCGACAUCGCCAUCAGCACGAGUAUGCAAAGAAGUCGCGAUUGCCCAUCAUACGUUCCCUGGCGGACAUGCGCAAUCAGUCGUCAUCAAAAACCGACAUGGGCGCUAUUGGCGUUACCACCUGGUUCCAUGCGGGCGCCUCGCCCUCGCAUGUCCCGUCUAGCCAACAAGGACAACAAUUACAGCAGCCAACGACGAUCCAAUUGCCAAUGGAAGAGCAGUCUGGCAACGCUUUAAUGGCUACCACGCCCCUAUCGCUGACCGCCAGCGAGCCUGGACCCCCUGGCAAUACCAAUGGCAGUACCAAUGCACUGGGAAUGGGAAUGGGUCGUUUUCUAACGGUGCCCGGCAAGCCCAGCAACAGAACGCUUGAGGACAUGAUUAAGAGUCCCAGCAGCCAUUCGAUGGCCAGACAGACCAGCGGCACAGAGCUGGCCGAGCAACAACACAAGGGCAAUACGCAUUUUAUGCGCAAAAUACCACCAGGAGCGGAGGCAAGCAACAUUCUAGUGGGCGAGGUGGACUUCCUAGAGCGCACACUCUCCUGUUUCAUACGUCUCAGCCAGGCGGCAGUCAUGGGCGAUCUCACCGAGGUGCCAGUGCCAACCAGAUUCAUUUUUAUACUACUGGGUCCGCCGGGCAGCCAGAGCAAUUUCCAUGAGAUUGGACGUGCCAUGGCCACGCUGAUGUCGGACGAGAUCUUCCAUGAAGUUGCGUAUAGAGCACGCAAGCGCGAUCACUUGCUCGCUGGCGUGGAUGAGUUUCUGGAUGCGGUUACAGUAUUACCACCCGGAGAAUGGGAUCCAACCAUACGGAUUGAGCCGCCGGCGGCUAUACCAUCGCAGGAGGUGCGUAAGCGACCGCCCGAGCUGCCCAAGGAGGAGAUCGACGAGGAGGAGGAGGAGCAACGUUUGCGCGAAGAGUCGGGUCUCUCGCGUACGGGUCGCCUAUUUGGCGGUCUGAUCAAUGAUAUUAAACGCAAGGCGCCCUGGUACUGGAGCGAUUACCGUGAUGCGCUGUCCAUGCAGUGCGUAGCUUCGUGGAUUUUCCUGUAUUUCGCCUGCUUGUCCCCCAUCAUUACGUUUGGUGGCCUGCUGUCGGAGGCCACGGGCAAGAAUAUGGCGGCAAUGGAGUCGCUGGUCUCCGGAUUUGUUUGCGGCAUGGGUUAUGGCUUCUUUUCUGGUCAGCCAUUAACAAUUUUAGGUUCCACCGGUCCAGUGCUAGUCUUCGAGUCGAUUGUCUAUGAGUUCUCGAUGGCUCAGGGUUGGGACUAUAUGACAUUCCGCUUCUGGAUCGGCAUGUGGGUCGCCGUCAUCUGUAUCGUCCUGACCGCAAUCGAUGCCAGCGCGCUCGUCUGCUAUAUAACACGCUUCACCGAGGAGAACUUUGCCACCCUUAUCGCGGUUAUCUUUGUCUACAAGGCCAUCGAGAAUGUGUUUGUCAUUGGCAAGACCUUCCCGGUCAAUCAGGGCAUCUAUGAUUGCAUCUGUACUCCGCCGCUGCACAGUAAUGCCAGCGUCCUUGACUUUGCCAAAUACAAAUGGGACUCCUGUGAGUCCUACAAUGGCACACUGAGUGGCACCGAUUGCGGCAGGCCACCCACCGAGAACGUCUUCCUUAUGUCCGUGGUUCUGUGCUCCGGUACAUUUAUCUUCUCCACCGUUCUCAAGGAAUUCAAGAACGCGCUGUUCUUCCCAUCGAUUGUGCGACAAUACAUAAGCGAUUUCUCCGUUCUGAUUGCCAUCUUUGCCAUGACCUUCUUUGACUACUCACUCGGCGUUCCCACACAGAAACUGGAGGUGCCUCACGAGCUGAAGCCCACGUUGAGCACACGCGGCUGGCUCAUACCGCCGUUUAGCGAGAAGAAUCCUUGGUGGUCGGCGAUCAUUGCGGUAUUCCCAGCACUGCUGGGCACCAUACUCAUCUUUAUGGAUCAACAAAUUACGGCCGUGAUUGUCAAUCGCAAGGAGAACAAGUUGAAGAAGGGCUGCGGCUAUCACUUGGAUCUGUUUGUGCUCUCCGGACUGAUUGCAAUCUGCAGCGUAAUGGGUUUGCCCUGGUUCGUGGCGGCCACUGUGCUAAGCAUCAAUCAUGUCAACUCGCUGAAACUGGAAUCGGAGUGCAGUGCCCCUGGCGAGAAGCCGCAGUUCUUGGGAGUGCGCGAGCAGCGCGUGACUCACAUCAUGAUCUUCCUGACCAUCGGCGGUUCGGUGCUGUUGACACCGCUGCUCGGACACAUACCAAUGCCGGUGCUCUUUGGCGUCUUCUUGUACAUGGGCGUGGCCUCGCUCAAGGGUCUGCAGUUCUUCGAUCGUAUUCUAAUCAUGUUCAUGCCGGCCAAAUAUCAGCCGGACUACAUGUUCCUGCGUCAGGUACCCAUCAAGCGUGUGCAUCUGUUUACCAUUAUACAGUUGGCCUGUCUGAUUAUCUUGUGGCUGAUUAAGAGCUUCUCCCAGACCUCGAUACUCUUCCCACUGAUGUUGGUGGUUAUGAUUGGCAUACGCAAGUCCUUGGACUUUGUGUUCACGCGACGUGAGUUGAAAAUACUUGAUGAUAUUAUGCCAGAGAUGACGAAACGUGCGGCCGCCGAUGAUCUGCAUCAACUGGACGCUGAGGACAAUCAUCAUCAGCAUCAACAGCCACCCGGCACAGGAAGUGCUGCCUACAAUGCCAAGAAUGCGAACGCGACAGCGGGUGCCACAACCAUACACAUACCGUUAUCUGGCAACAAAAUGGGCAGCACUGCUGCGGGACCGGUGCCCCCAGUGGAAGUAAAUCGUGCGACUGUCUGGAAACAGAUCAACAAGGACGGCACCUCCGAGCAGCUGAUCAUACCCGUGACCGUUAAAGUGCGUCAAAUCAAUGGCAAUCAUUCCUCGACAAACGCCGCCCUUUCGCCACGCCUAUCGCCCAUGCACGAGGCUGAUGAAUAUAACGAAACCCCAAACAAGACGCCAGCCCAAAUGCUCCCAGCGAAUCAACAGCAGCCGAGCAACUGCAAGGAUGCGGCUGCCAAGCUAGAAUGUGGCCCCAUUGUCGCCGCCCAAGUCCCGGCCAACGUAACGCCCGUCUAAGUGGUGCAUGGAGCACCACCGUAAUACCAAAAUACCAAAAUACCGAAAUACCAAAAUACCAAACUACCUAAGCUAAAUGGUGUUAGAGAGAACACAAAAUGCGUAGAUCAAAUGCACAACGUUCUUUAGAUCGUAUCUGUAUGGGACUACAAGAGUGUCAAAGUGUGAAUGUCGAAUAUAUACAUACCAGUAUCAUAACUACUUAUAUAUAUACACAACAUUAAUCGUAGUGGUUUUUAUGACAAAGUUUGGUAAACAUUUUUAAGUGUGCCCGUAGCAUUUACCAUCCAACUAAAUAGUUGACGGUAAACUAAAAGAAAACAAAAUGAGAAAAAUAAGCAGAAAUUUCACAGCAUUCGUUUGUCGUAGAUUUUGGGCUCAGGUACCAGUUUUAGAAGUAUUAAUUGAAAAUAUUGUAUGGCUCAAAAGCUAUUACGUAGUAUAUGCAUUCCAAAGAAACUAUAUAUAUAUACACUUUUUUAAAAGAAUUUUACAAUACACGAACCAGUGUCAAUUCAACAUGAACUCUCCGCAGAUCAACAAGCUAUUACGAUCUACUAAAUAUGAUCCUCUUAUGUGUUUGCUUUUAAUCUGGCGAUUUUGAUUAAUAUGGGUUGGUUAAGCUGUGAUCUUAUUGUAGGGUGCGGGGUAUGGGGGAAGGAAUUAGUGAAAAGCCGUCUUAGAAACAUUUAGCCAGAACAUACAUAAUAAUAUACUUAAAAUAAACUAAAAGCAAAUGUAAACAAAUGUAUUAUAAUUUAUGCAGUAUACUAAGUUAUGAUUGAAACUCAAACACACACACACACACACAUCUAAAUAUA